CUUGGCAUGAGUUUAACAGUUGUGGGUCGACACUCUGCUUUAUCGGUAUUGGAAAGAUAUUAUGAUUAUGAAUAAGGACUGAACUGUGAAACAUAUCUGGUAGAUGAGAGUAGAUUUCCCAUUGGAAUUAAUAAUUGCAUGUAUAUUGUUACACCAGUAAAAGGAACAUAUUAAGAUUAUACCAUUCAGGAAUACUACAGGAAUUGCCUCAACAUAACUGGUUGGCUGAUAGAUUUUCAGUAAAUCUAACAUGUUUUUUGCUGUUGCUUUUAACACAGGCUCUGUUUUCUAGCUUGAAUCUGUACUUGAGAAUUGUAUCUGAAGAUUGAGUGCAGGAGAGUGAUAUGGCCAGACGUAGACUAGAAUCAGCCCUGGAGGCAGGGCAAACCAUAGAUCAAGGGAAAUCGUACCCUUCCCGGUUCACAAAGGUGAACGUUGACUUUGACAUCAAACUUGAGCCCGAGGUGGAUGGUGUCUUCUCACUACAGUAUUCAUUUGACGGCAGACUCCUAGCUGUUGGCUGUGGAAAUGGAACCAUUCGGUUAUAUAAUACAGCCAAGGGAACAAAACUGCCAGAUUUACGGAAAACUAGAUAUGGAGGCUACCCAAUCAUGUGCCUGAGGUUCCAUCCAAAGAAUCCCAAAAUCUUGUUUGCCGGGACCAGUGAGGGUCAGAUACUCAGCUGUGACAUCUCAGACUUCAUAACAGAGGAUGGGAAAAUCGUGGAGGAUUUCACUAACAUACAGGUUGAAAAAGAUGAACGUUGGCAUGAAGUACUACAAGAGAAAAAAGAUUCUAUGAAAAACGAGAUCAACUGUUUAGACUUUGACUACACCCUGCAGCGGUACGCCACAGCAGGGAGAGACCUCAGUAUUAGAAUAUAUGAUGCAAACACAAAUCAACUGGUAUCAGAGUACACAGGAUACGACAACACGAAGGACCCGACAAACCAGAGUACCGCCGGCGCUGGUAUGCGAGUGUUCUCCCUCAAGUGGCAUCCCGAGUAUGAUGACAUUUUCCUCACUGGUGGCUGGGACAAACACAUUAAGAUCUGGGAUGCCCGUAAUAAUGAAGGUAUUCGAAGGACGAUUCAUGGACCACAUCUAGCUGGGGAUUCUCUUGAUCUCAAGGGCAACAAGAUCCUGACAGGGUCCUGGGAAGGUCGAACAGACGCCCUGGAGAUCUGGAACUACAGCACAGAUUACACAACCGAUCGCAAAAAGCGUCCUCAGGUGGUCAACUUUCCAGCUGGUGCUAAGGGACCUUUUUUGUACGCUGCUCAGUUCUGCGACAAUGAUGUGGUAGUGGCUGGUGGCUCUGGAACCAACAGUGCAAUGGCCAUCAAUGCAGAGACAAAUGAGGUUAUUGGAGAGGUGAAGUUCAACCACCCAGUCCAAGCCAUAGACACAGUACAUGGGGGUCGAUUGUUCGCUGUGGGGGCUGGGGCAGAACAUGGGAACAAAAGAUUGAGUGGAGAGACGGGGUUGAAGUUGUGCCGACUUACAGAUCAUUAACUGCCAUGUCUUGUCUUUUGCGUCAUUUAUUGGUCAUUUCUAUUGUAUGAAAUGCUUAGGGAUAUUCAUCUGUUGACAUGAAGUAUUAAACUAUGCAUAAGUGUUUGCAUGGGUUAUGAACUGUGCCUAAAGUUUUCGAUUUGAAAAAAAAUGUAAUAUCGAUAUGAAAACUCUUGCAGUUUUUGUGUAUCUUGUGUUCAUUUUUAUAUGUUUGGUGUUUGAAGUCUCGUAUUUCAUUUUGAUUUCUUUGUUUAUAGCAAAGUCACAUUACAUGACCAUUGUCCGUAUACUGAAUAAUAAAGCUGUUCUCUAUUAAGAAUCUUUUAGCUAAUAUGUAUUUCAGAUAAAGUAUUUCUUGAAGGGCCUCCUCAAUGUUUUAUAAAAAUUAUGAAAUGUGAAUAAAUGCUUGUCAAUAAUUGAACAUUAUCAAAUCAUAUUUGAGUUCUACUGACAAGUAUUGUUAUAUAUUGUUAAUCUGAUAGAAGAUGCUGUAUUUGCCAUGAGGUUUAGUAAUGCAAUACGAAAUAUAUUAGGCAAAAUGAUGUUCAAACCUGUCAGUUGCUGUUGGGCGUUUAUUUAUAAAAGAAGAAAAAUUCUCAAUGUGAAUGAUUGAUAACUUGAAUAUUUACAAACUGGCAAAGAAAACAGAAAUCCUAUAAAAAUGUUUACUUUGAUUUUGCUAUUUAAGUGUUUGUGUGUUCUAUGCAACUCAGUCCAUUUUUUGGAGCCUUAUAUUGAAGCUUUAAAUCGUUUACUUCAUAAUGCUUCCUUGUGUGCAGUGGAUAUUAACUGAUUGAAUUUAACGAUAUCUGCAAGAUUUCACCUGUUUAAUAGCUGAGUUAUAACCAACAGUUUACUACUCCUACAAGUAUAGUGUAAACUACUUGUGUUUUGUAUGGAAGCAUGUUAUAAAUCAUUCCAUACUUCCAGGAGAACUGUGUACAUUCCACUUUUUGCACUUGCAUGUCAUGCUCAUAUAGGAAUUCAUUUGCAUAUGUUUAACAUCAUGUGCCCAUGACUGGUGUACAUCCAAUAAAAGGACCAGAUGUUUUUCAUCAAUAAGGAGACAUUGGACUGUUUAUUAAGCACUUUGUUUACAAGAAGUGUAUAUUUCAGUCAAUACUGCUAACAAGUAGUUUAAAUUUAAGUCAAUACUGUCCUCAUUAUUAGUCACCUGUUUCAUGACUUCAGAGAUCAAUUGAAACAUCGAAAGAUAUCAGCAUAAUUCAUAUAAAUUGAUAUUCUUUCUCUUACUUAAUGUACAAUAGUCUAUAACUGUGUUGUGAUGUUUGACCAUUCCGUCCAAGGACUUUUGUAUUUUGAUAUGUUGAUAUUUAUGAUAUAUUCCCAUGAUUGCUUAGCACAUGAAUAAAAUGAAGAUGUUCACAA